AUGUCCGCCAAUGAAGACCCUUCAAUGAAACAGAACCCAGGAUUUAUACCGUGGAAUUCAGCCAAGGUCAACAUCCCAGAACCCUCACGUAUCGUCAGCGACAUUAUCGGAAGCGCAGCAGUCAAAGCUUCAGCGGCUAGUAUCCUAUCAAGCAACCCUCGGAUCCAAGCAGCUCAGUCUGAAUGGGAACGUAGACAGGCACAAUACUUCUCACAGGCACCUGCAUCUCAAGCCAUGCCUCGAAAGAGAAGCUCAACCCCAACCUUUUCACAUCCAGACUUUUCAUCCGUCAUCCUCAAAAGGACUCCCGCUGAUUACGCCCGUGUUCGCGAAGCUCGUCGCUUUACGGAAGCCGAGGUCGCGAGACAGUUGGCAGAUAUCAACAGUGCAGCUAUCAAGAAGAGCGCCAUGCAUCAUUCAUCUCAAUCUGCGGUAGUCUCUCUCACCGGGGCAGAGUUGCUCAAAAAGUACACUGGCCAAGGGACGCCAUCACCAACACCUGGACCAGCAAGAUCGCCCGACUUUCUGGUACCUGAUAACCGAUGGGAAGCAAUCAUUCUGGCUGAACCUGGUCGAGCCUACUCUGUGUAUCCUCUCCCUGAGGGUGGUGCUACUUCUGCUCGGGGGGCACUUAUUCCGGCAAACUACAAACUUCACGACGACCCUGAGCUUCCAUACAUAUGUCCUGUACGAGAUUGUCGCCGUGUGUUUGGCAAACUUAAUGGUCUUGGUGGACAUUUUGGCGCUGGGCAUUGCUCAACGACAUUCAAUGACAACGGAGAUGGCACGUUGACCAAGGUCGGUAGCUAUCAGAAGGAUGGUCCCGGGGGUACACCUGGAAUUGUUGUCUCCAGAAACCCACUUCCUCCUGACGCACCACCUCCAGUCGACCCGGGAUUGUCGACAUUCGCCACGUUCCAGCAAAACCGAGUAUCUCGAGCUGCCGAGCAGGAGAGAAAGACAACACGCUCGCGGGACUCCCCCUACCGGUCUCAAGCAAUGCAAGAAUCGGAGGUUAAGCAAUAUCUCCACCGACACCUCAGUCCAGCUCAAAAAUCUCAUCAACGAGAGGACAUCAAUUACAUGCUGACAUUGCCUCGCAGACGUGAGCUGCCUGAGGGUUGGAAGCAUACCCACCGGGGAAGCAACCUGGAUAUCACUCACUAUUCCUGUGCAGUGGCAUAUCUCGUGGGUACUGGUGUGGUAGGCAGUGAGCAGUGCACAGUCAAUAACACUCAGCAAUCUGCACGACUGUCGCAACCUUGUAUCCGUCUCCCAAUUGGCUUGUCUGCGACAGCGAAGCAAGCCUUUUCUGCUCUAGAGUCUUGCGUUGGAUGUAGAUACUGGAGUCAUCUGCAGGGAUGUUCAAAUGGCUGCGACUGGUGUCCUGAGCCAAAAGUUGGACGAGGGGCUUCUGGUUCAUCUCGAUCUUCUUCUGAUUCUGGCCUAUCAUAUAGAUCCACUGAUCUCGACGAUUAUGAAGGUGUCGAUGCCAUAACCGAAGUCCAGCCAAAGCGAAAGAGAAGACGCUCCUCUGCGAAUGACGUUACCAUAAGAGACCAAGCCGUCAUUAGCAGACCUGAGACAGGUGUUGAAUUGGAAAUGGAGGAUUGGGAGGUUGCUCCAGGAAGGAUAAAGGAUGAAUCUUCCUCAGACAACGUCGCCUAUUCCAACUCGUACCUCACCAGUGGUCAGCCCGUCACUGUCUCAGAGGACGUCAGCUUUAACGUCAUGGUUUUGAAGCCCGGCAGCGCUAAUCAUUGGGCUGUUGAAGACGACAAACUGCGAACAUGUUCCGUCGCCUCAGGAAAGAUUCGGGUCACCAUGAACGAAAAGACGUUCAAUCUUGGCCCCAACGGCAUGUUUGUUGUUAGACCCGGCCAGACGUGCAAGGUCGAGAAUAGACUGUACAUAGAUUCUGUGACACCCCACAUUAUGGGAUCUACGGUGGACUCACCCGAGCCGGAGCUCAGCAAUGACAAGGACUCGGUUCAUGUAAAUCCAGGAAGUCCCCCGGGUCAACUUCCGCCACUGAAUGAUUACACGACAGAGAGAGAACCUGAAAAGAUUAGCGAAGAUUCGACGGAAACUGAGGUGUCAAAGGCCAGAUUUAUUAUUGAUCCGGAAGGUGAAUUCACUCAUGAUCAAACAACAGUCGACAUUGUGACUGUCCCAUGCCCUGGAGCAGAUCCCCUUCGAACAUGGAGUCGCGAUGGCCUGAUGAGUCGAUACUACGGAGCAUUGUCUAUGCGUGACGCCGAAGGUGCAGCAACUGACGCUGACCGACCGGCUCCAUCAUGGGUUCGCCAAGGACUUCGUCGUGAAGCGGAUCGAGCUCGGAUUCUGUUGUAUGAGCAUCCGUCGACGACUGAGGAGACGAGACUGAGUACCCUGGCUGAUUCAUUGCUGGAGGAGCUGGAAAGUUUGAGAAAACGAGAGAAGCAGAAAAGACCGGUUGUGUUUGUGGGGCAUAGCGUUGGCGGUAUCAUUGUCAAGAUGGUGUUGACCAAGGCAAGCAGAGAUCCGUCGUUUGAGGAUAUAUACCGACAGUGUUAUGGUGCUGCAUUUUUUGGAUCGAGUUACUUUGCCAUGCCGAGUCUUGCAACUGGUAUUCAGAGUCUGCUUCAAUUGUCAGCUCCUAUGCCGACAUCAAUAACCGACGAUCUUCGUGUGGGAAACACUCUGCUCCUCCAACUGGACGACGACUUCAAAUCGAUAGCACACGACUUUCGCAUCUGGACGCUUUAUGAGACCAUUGACUCUCGUCUUUCAGGCAGCUCGGGAGAUGUCUACUUCACUGCACCACUAACCUCAAUCAAGUCUGCUAUUCUCGGCAUGCGACAAGAGACCAUUCUCCCACUUCAGAGUGAUCAUGCGAAUAUUGCUUCUUUCGGGCGGCAUAACGUGCACACGAUGCGCCUGUUCCUGAAGCAGUUGUCGGCUCUCAUCGGUCGUGCAGACGAGUACUCUCGUGAGGACGGAAAUUGGUCUCUGAAUCUUGAGCAAAAGGUCAACGUCGAGGUCCACGGAUUCUUUGAAGAUCCUCCAGGUCCAUUGGAUGUGGCGACAAUUCGAGCUUGGUCUACACGACUGCCGCUUCGAGAUUUCUUGAGAAAGGGACCAGAGGAGUGCUUGGCUGAGAGGUUGAACGAAGUCGAGACAGUUGAUGAAGGCAGAUUCUUGAGGAAUCGAGGGAAGACAGCCAUGCUGCCGACUGAGAAAGUUGCUGGUGAAACACACGACAAUCCCCUUGGGAUCUCGCAGGGAUCUGUCGAGUCUCCUCCUGCAUCCCCUAUCAUACGGCCUGUUGAUGCAGAAAAGACAAGAUCAGAAUCAGCACCUCAAACGGGAGCAAGAUCCCCUGCCACGCCUUUAUCACCGGCGGCUAUUUCACCACCUACACACUACUCAACACCAAUGCGACGUCCUUCGCCACUUAUCCGUGCCAAUUUUGAGCAGGAUUUGGCUGUCGACCGUCUGUCACCUCCUCCUCGAGGAAGAAUGGGGCGAUCUCUGAGUAGGUCUGUCAGCAUGGGAACCCAAGCCUCACAAUACGAGUACAAAGACUUUCCUCCAUUCUCGCAGCGAAGUCGAAGUACAAUCGAGGGCUUCAGUGACGACGAUGAUACCGAUGCAUCCCCGAGGCUGCCAGAAGCGAUCGUUGCUAUCCGAAAGGCCGCGAAUAAUGGUGAGAGGAGAGCCAGUGAGACAGUAAUCGUGGAUGAAGUACCUGUUGCGUUUUCGAAGCCUCAGAUCGAGACUCGCAAGUUUAUGUGGGUUCAUUUGCCAUACAACAAUCCUAGCUGGGUGACGAAAAUGUUCGAGACUCUGCAGACAGCAAACAAUCGCAACUAUGCCCCCCUGUUUAACAAUGACUUCUGGGCAACGAGGCAUUCUCGAGGGCGGCACUCUCAGCACUAUGCGUAUUUUGCGAAACCAGGCUGUUACUUUUCAGCUCCUCGGCACAUGUCACCUCGAGGCCGAUCUUCAAAACAGUCAUCGAUAUCACCCAAACCAGAGGGUGGAAUCUAUACUUGUCUCUUCCUCCCAUAUCUUCAUUUUGACUCGUACAAACGACUCAUUCGCCGACGAGAACUCAUCCUUCAGCGCCUCGGUCAUGGACGAGCUAGGCCUGUCCCCGAAUCUGUGGCAAAGUCUGAUUCCCUUGAAUCACAGGUGAUUUGGGAGUUUUUGGGCCACGAUCCGCCGCUCAACUGUCGUCGAACACUAGAUCAAUACGGAUAUCCAUCGUUGAGGGACACUCGGUCGCGAGACGAUGAUCAGAUGCUGUAUAAACUGACAAAGGAACGGACAUUCGCUCCCGGUUUGGGACCAGGACUUCAUGGACAAAUGUCAAACAGUAGCUCUGGGAGUAGCGGGAGCGGUAGUCGACGAUCCAAGACAAGUAGCCAGGACGGGGAAGACGAGGAGGGUUGCGAGGACUCUAUACUCAAUGGCAAUGUUCUCAUGGUGGAUCAGCUGUGGCUUUGGGCCAUAGACACUCAUACCCUACUCUCCUUCUUCCCGAAACGAGAGGGUGAUGCUAUUGAAGGGCCUCUGUAUCAGCAGGCAGAUCUUCGCGACAGCAUCUUUAACGAAGUCAACGUCGAUCUCACCCGACAAUGCGAAAAUGCUCUGGACCUGGCGGCAUUAGCAGUCCUCCAUGCUGUUACAGUCCUCCUCGACAGAUCCUCGCACCCAGACCUAGAAGUGUUUCGAAUAUUUGAAGAGGCCAUCAGCGUUCUAACCGAAAAACUCACCUCCUCGCUCAAAACUUUUCGCGCCGAGGGAUUCCGUGACAAAGCGUCAGCCUACGAGCCAGUUGAGAACAAGGCCCGUUCCAUCAGAGCGCGCCAUAAGGCUGAGGGCCGUCGAGCAGAAGAGGAUAACCGGGACAACACAUCGGCUCUCCUUGAACUUCGAGAUAUCGAAGAUGAACUUUUGAUUCUGGUUCAUCUGUUUGAACGCCAGUCUAAAGUCGUCAGCUCUAUGCUCUCCACUUACACUCGCCCGGAACUGCGUGACCGUACUGCAAAUGGAAGACUGUUCCUGAGUGAAGCGAUCAAGAAGGUCUCGGAGUAUACACACCAAGCUCAGGAGAUGAUUCAGAGAGUUCGGAGUACAAGAAACGACUACGACAAACUCCUUCAGAUGGUCCAGCGACAGGCACAGGUUGACGAGGUACGGCUGAGUAGGCUUCAUGCCGACCUUGCAAGUGCACAAAGUCGCAGUGUCAUGAUCUUUACCACAUUUACAGUCAUCUUCCUCCCGUUGACCUUCUUUACCGGUCUCUUUGGUAUGAACACUCAAGAAUGGGGCGGUGAGAAUAACCUGUCGCUCAAGACCAUCGGGACAAUCUCGUUGCCCGCAAGUUUCGCCCUAGUGGUGUUUUCUCUUGUGGCAGCUUUUAGCACAAAUGCUCGACUUCUGAUCAAAUGGCUUGCCCAUGUGUACCGACACAUGAUGUCCUGGGUGUGGCGAACAUUGUGUAAGCCUGCUGUUGCAAAAGUGGCCGACAUGCUGCCACAAGGCAAUGAGCGACAGAGGGAGGAGAGGGACUCAAGAAGUGGGAAGAGAGUUUUGAGAGAGGAAAUGAGUGACUUUUGGGAAAGACAUAGAUUAGAGAGGGACAGCGGAUACACGGUUCCAGAGAAGAAUAAGAGAACGGUAUUUCCCUUCGAGUUGUGCCUGUUAAAGAUCAGCCAGAAGAAUACUUCUUCCAUCACUUACAUCCGUGUCGAUAUGGCCGACUCCCCUCGCUAUGCAAUGGGCACACAGUCCUCUCAACGACGAACCAGCCCCAUUCGUAAGGGACAGCCAGAACGUUCCAGUACUCCAACUCGCCGACCAACGACGCCUACCCUCGGCCGCCGUCCAACAACUCCAGCACUGGGCCGGCGGGGCUCCAACACUCCUCUUCGCCGUCAGGGAUCGAAUUCAGCUCUCAACCGUCCUGUCACCCCCACUGCAACGGAGAUACCAGAUGGCGACCCCGUGAAAGUUGGUUGGAUCACCCCUCCAAAAACUGGCACAUCACCAGGAAGCCCAGAGACUCCAGCACGAAUCUUACCUGCUAUCCUCGAGAGUCCUCUUGUGAUGUCAUCACCUCGUUCGCGACAAGUCUCUCGUGUUGGUAUCACACCUCGCUCUCGACAGGUUUCGACCACCGAUGCGGCUCCUCGUUCACGUCAGGUCUCGCAGACUCUGCCGGCUCCAGAAGUUAAUGUCACUCCCGAUGUCGCCAGAACGCCCGUGCUUGAAGUUGCUCCGACCGUCGUCAAUGCUCCUCUUGUCAGAAUGACACCGAGUGUAGUUCGUGUACCCAAAGUUCGAUCGACUCCCGAGGUCGCACUUGUUCCAAAUGUUCGAACUUUGGUGGGCAACAUUGUCAUUCCGACAGCUGCAAAGAGUCCAGUGGUAGCAUCCCCUCCCGUCGUGGUGCCAGUUUCUGUGGCUCGGGUUGUGCCUGGAGUUGCUCAUAUGCCCUAUGCUGCUCCCAUCCCACUGUCGGCACCUCUGCCAGCGAUCGCUCUAGCGCCCAUCAUCGCUAGAGCUCUGGCUACUGCUUUCGCGCCACGUGUUUCUGAUACCCCCAAGGUUGCUCGGCCACCUUUGACUCAAGAAGCUCCCAAGUCGACGCUGGCUUCAAGGUCAGCGAAAGCUCCCAAGACUUUACCGCCGCCUUCCACUAGACUCCUCCUUGGUCAGGCAUGA